AUGUCGGACAACAAAGAUCACAGCUCCGAUUCCGAUGACGCACCCGAGGAAAUCACCCAGGAGCAGGCGAUGCUGGAAGAUGCAGCGUUGAGGAAAGUACUGAGAGAGAAUAAGGCUAGGGUUUCGCGUGAAAAGAAAGAGAGUCGCAGGUUUUUGGCAGAGAAAUUAACGCCGAAGAAAUCACGAAAGAUUGAAACGUUCGAAGAAGAAGAAGAGGCCGAGGAAGACCGUGAAGCUCUUGCAAAGAAGGGGUUCCUUUCCAAAAACAUCAUAGACUUUCUUGCAGAGAGGGAAAAACAGAAAAACGGGUCGGAUUCUGAAGUAGAGGAGGCCAACGAAAUCCCGAGAAAGAAGAAGCAAAAGAGCUCAGGAUCGUCUGCAAUCCUCAAGAACUCCGGCCAAGCUCUCCGACUUGUCACCGGUGCUGCUUUUGCCAAGAAGCAGCGACAGAGAAAAUGA